AUGGCAAGCAGUGGCAGUCAGGCUGUGGCGGCGGCGUGGCGGCUGGGAAGAGAAACCCUACGCCUCUCAUCGAUUGGGACCCUUACGCGGAACCGAGCAACCAACACAGCACGCCACGCAGGGGCCAAAUUGCGAAAUACCACGAAUGCCCUCGGCGGCAAUGAAAAUCACAGGCGGUGCCACGCGUCGCAGAAGAAGCUGGGGGGCUGGGUUUAUGGUUUAUGCAAGAGAGACCGGUGCCUACUCGGGGCUCAUUUGUGUUUGGCCUCGCGGCUCUCGCCUCCCAGGCGGCAGGCGCUCCAUAUUUCCCACCCUUCUGACCCCGCCGCCGCGGCCAUGGAGAUCACGCUUCCGCUUCUGCGGUUGUUCUGGUCUGGAGACCAGCCGCAUGACCCGUCGCAUCACCAGCACCCGGUCCUGGAGAACGCUGUACUUUCAGCAGCAGCUGGAGGAUCUGUGAUCCUUCUAUUUUUGCCUCUCGUUGUCUGGUUUUGUACCAAAUCUAUGGAGAGAACUCUCAGGGUGGUGAGUACAUCUUCCAUGUGGGCUGCAGUUCUCAACAGUAUGGUCUGGGUCUUCUUUACCAUGGUCGUGAUGGAUAAGGAGGACUGCAUGGAGCUUGUGCUCGCAUAUCCGAUCGUCCUAGCUUCCAACUUCAUAUACCUGAUGAUCGUCUAUGGAUUUAUCAACAGCUUUAAAAUGGCAGCACUGAGUAGCCUUGUCACUUUAUCACUGGGUUAUGUUUUCUAUGCGAUACGAUUUCAUCCUGAUAUUCCUGAGAGCUGGGAGAUGCUUGGCUUGCUUGCGCUAUGUUCCCUGGGAUGGUCACAUGCAUGUUUAAUCUGUGACAUUCGUCUCAUAGCAGGACUGCUCCAUUAUGUGAUUUAUUGUAUAAAUGUUGUCCUCAGCACCGCCUUAAAUGGAGCGACCUUUUAUGUCAUUGCCAAAAACCACCCAGAUCAGCAAUUUGUUGUAUAUUCGUCACUGAUGGGGUUUGUGCUCGGCUUCGUGGAAGUCAUGAUUCUGAUAAAAAAAACUUGUUGAUGACAACUUCUUUCGAGCUCCCAACGAUCAUGCUCCUGGGAAUGGCAACAAUGGUGGCGACAAUGCCAAUGGCAAUAAUCUGCAAGGAGCUGGUGGCGACAAUGCCAAUGUCAACAAUCCGCAAGGUGCUGGUGGCAACAAUGCCAAUGUCAACAACCCAGAAGGGGCUGAGGAUGAUGAUGAUGAUGCCAAUGGCAACAAUCCUCAAGGUGCUGGUGGCAACAAUGCCAAUGUCAACAAUCUACA